AUGUUGCUGCCCACGAAUUCAUCGCCUUUGGGUUUCCAAACGGACUUUUAUCACAAUGUCACGGAGAAAACGAAGUUUUUUGCUUCGAAGUGCGUCAACAGCAAGAGUCCCACUAGAGAGAAGAACGGAGACACGUUGAGAAGAAAUCGAUUCAGAUUUUGCGUUUGUACCGGACCUAGGAAAAACAAUAAGAAAAGCGCUAAGUGGUAUGUUAAGUCUUACUGA